UUACCACUUCCGGCCGUCUCACUGUCACGAUAUCUGAUGAUGUCCCUUAGGCCUCAGCCAGCCUUAGCCAACCUCGGGGGCAGUUGUUAUUUACUAGGUCAGUAGGUGUUCACGUUAGAAGUGUUUGUAAUUGCGUAACGAAUACUUACCACUUACCGGUUAUGUCUGAAUACAGUGUAGCUGACGUUAGCAAACAUAACAAUCCGCACGACGCUUGGAUUAUUUUUAAUGGGAAGGUGUACGAUGUUACCAAUUAUGUGAUUGAGCAUCCAGGUGGUGAUAUAAUACUCAGGCAUGCUGGCAAGGAUGCCACAUUGGCUAUUGAGAAUAAAGCUGCUCACCAAGUAGUGAAAAGCUUUAUCCGUGAAAGGAUAGCAAAGCUACACGUUGGAGACCUGAAGGAAGAAUCUGAAGAGGCAGAAAAGAAAGGAGAAGUAAAAGAAGAGGCACUAGCGACAGGAGACAAAAAGGAAGAGGCCACAAAUGCGGCAGAAAAAAAAGAAGAGAGUGAACCGCCAGCAGAUAAGCAGGAAAAUCAUAAGGAGGAAGACGCCACUAACAUCACAGAUAAGCUCAGCUCACUAUCUAUAGGUCAGUAAUUCCGGGCCAUCGACAAAACCGGCAUGCAGCAAUCAGUGUAACAUCUCGUGGAAAGAUCUUUCCUGAAUUGACUUAGGGUAAAAGUACUGCCUGCACUAAAAACUGCGUCUGUGGUGUGUGUGAGCACGUGUGCUGGCAUGCAGAUAAAUGCAUAUAUUGUCAUGUCGGAUAAAGUGUUUAGUGGUAAACGCAAUUGCGAUCGGCAAGAAUGACCCGUACGUGUGAGCUGUGAAUGCAGAAGAGUCGUGUAGAAGCGUAGUGCGGCGCGUCAUCUCACGUCUCGCUGCGAAUCGGCGCGGAUCGCCUACGCCUAGAAGCAAGGUAGCGUCGGCCAGGCGGGGGCGCCAUGUUUGAGGAGUGGCACGGGCGCAUGGCGGGCGUCGCCGCCGCGCUGCUUCCGUUUUCCAUCCCCGACCACACGUACACGCUGCUGCAGGACGCGCACGCCGAGCGCAACUGGAGCAUUCCCGUCGGCCUGGAAGACAUGGGCGACAUCGGCAACGAGCUGUGCCUCGGCGCCGAGCGCACACACUGCAGAGGGCGCUGCGACCAGCCGAUGGAGAUCGCCGUCGAGGAGGGGGAGAAGGGCGGCGACGGUGGGCACGCGGCCUACGACGAGGCGUCCGACCACAACUACAGCUGGAGCGCGGUGUCCGACAUUGAGAUGAACUUCACGCAGGGCGCGGUGGCGAGCCCAGACGCGCGCAGCGACCACAGCUAUGCGUGCGGCGACUCCAUCUGGAACUCGAUGGUCGUCGGCGAGGACCACUGCUACAGCCGCUCGCUGCAGGCGAUCCUCGCGCUUCCGCCGCACCGCGCCGUCGCCGAGCGCCGGCACGGCGGCGCCCCCUACCUGUGGCCGGACAUUCGAUUGACGGAGCACAACUACAGCAGCAACCAGGAGUUGAACCGUGCCGGCAUGGGUGUGGCGCCGAUCGUGCGCUCGCGCUCGGACCAUCUGCACGUCGACCACAACUACACCCACGUGAAGACGGCCGCGGUCGCGGCGAGGGCCGAGAGGAGGUGCGAGAGGAAGCCGCAGAGGAAGCUGCAGGGGCAGACCGCAAAGAGGAGGUGAAGGCAAACGGCGGUGCAUGCCACGUGGACGGUGAAGCGCGAAGUGUUGGUUCUUCGCUGUCGAGUCUAUUAUAUUUGCCUGCAGACAGUAGCAGGGGACGAAGCAAGGAGGGGUCAAGUUGAUGGUCAGAGCUACGCGAACGUGGCAGGGUGGCUAAAUGUGUGGCAGUGUACACAUUGGUUCAACCCCGAUGUGGAUGACAUGUCAUAAUGUGCAAAUGGUUUGCAAAGUAUCAUCAACUAAAGUUGAAUUGCCUCGACGCACGAAAUUAGAAACACGUGUGUGUAUUGCCUUUUCGAGAGCGAUUCUUCUGGAUUUGCGUUGGUGGGCACCGGGCUUUCAGUGUUAGCAUGGACAAAGUAAGGUCCUUGCGAGCGUGGGUAGAUGUGUAACAAUGCCCAAGCUUCGGUGAGGAGCAAGAAUACGGUGAUAGGAAUCACUAGAUUCCUGUGUUAAAAGCAUGAUUAUUAUUAUCAUGCUGUUAUGGUACACUGGCAAUUGUUUGGUAGACAUACAAGCUGUCUAAGUCACGUAAAAGUACAGUUAUUGAAUCAUGCGGUUUUAUCUGAAAAAUACAGCAGGGUUGAAACUUAAUUGUUACAUCAUGUUCGGGUCGAAUUUCGGGCGCUAGUUUCUAUCUAGAGUCACGUGCAAAAUUGGUGAUAUUGCGGACAUACUAAAUUACUAAUUAACUUAUAGUAUUACAGUAUUUCCUGUAAACAUUUUAGUGUUCAGUCUAGUAGUUGUGUGCCAGCAGCUCAUUGUACUAUAGCCAGGUUAUCAUCUAAAAGUCUACAUUUUGUCCAUGCAAUUCUCUGCAUUGUGUGUAUCAUGCAUAUCACAUGACCUGUGCUGGCAGCCUUUUGUGUACCUAGGACUAUUUCAGUUUUUGGGUUUAUUUCUUGGUGUGUGAAACUGCAUUGCCGAAUAUUAGUGUGUCGUUUGAUUUGUCAAUGAUUUCAGGUGAGGAAAAAAAAUAAAUGCCCAUCUAUGAGUGCAAAAAGAA